ACAGCUUUGAGAAGGGCAUUUUUUGUACAGACAGGCUGAAGGAAUCUCCUGCCCGCACCAACUACUCAGACCUUUCCUUCUGUCCCCUUUUCUUGAAUUGCUUAUUCUUUGAAAGAUUCUCACGCUGUUUUCUCCGUGAACUCUACCAUAAUUACACCCCGCUUCUCGAAAAAUGGCUGCGGAUCUCGGAGCUGUUGCCCAGCUCCUUGAAGCAAGCUUGGACCCAAGGCAAAACAAACAAGCUGAGGCAACUCUUCGCCAGGAGGAACAGAAACCCGGCUUUUCUUUGCAGCUCCUCCAGAUCACGGCAUCUACUUCAUACCCCUACAACACCCGCCUCGCCAGUGCUCUGUGCUUCAAGAACUUUAUUAAGCGAAACUGGACUGAUGAGGAUGGGAACUACAAACUCCAGCUGGACGAGGUCGCGACGAUCAAGCGGGAGCUGGUCAGCUUGAUGAUUUCUGUUCCGGCAGGUAUCCAGUCUCAGCUAGGUGAAGCUGUCAGUGUGAUUGCCGAUAGUGACUUCUGGGAGCGAUGGGACACCCUUGUGGAUGAUCUUGUUUCAAGACUCCAGCCAAAGAACCCCGCCGCCAAUAUCGGUGUACUGCAAGUCGCACAUUCAAUAUUCAAAAGAUGGAGGCCCUUGUUCCAGUCAAAUGAGCUGUAUACGGAGAUUAAUCACGUCCUGAACAAAUUCGGGAACCCAUUUUUGGCUCUCUUUGAGGGCUUGGAUUCAUUCCUCGAGGAGAACAAGUCGAACAAGGAAAAUCUCAUCCAGGGGUUUACGCAAUUCAAUCUGAUGGUGAAAUUGCUGUUCGACCUCUCUUGUCAUGAUCUCCCUCCCAUGUUUGAGGAAAACCUCUCAGGGAUAGCUUCGCUCUUGCUUAAAUACCUGACAUAUGACAACACCUUGCUUCAUACAGACGACGACACUGAGGCCGGCCAAUUAGAAUUCGUGCGGGCUGGGAUUUUCGAGGCUCUGACGCUGUAUGUGCAGAAGUACAUGGACGUAUUCAGUUCCCAUGUUGGUCAGUUUGUGCAGAGCUCGUGGAGCUUCCUGACCACAAUUGGCCAAGAAACAAAAUACGACAUUAUCGUCAGCAAAGCACUUCAAUUUUUGACUUCGGUUGCGGGUAUGCCGGAACAUGCAUCGGUCUUCCAGGCAGAAGAGACCCUUGGCCAAAUCGUCGAGAAGGUGGUCCUACCAAACGUGAGUCUGCGUGAGUCAGAUGAGGAGCUUUUUGAAGAUGAGCCUAUUGAAUUUAUCCGGCGGGAUCUUGAAGGAUCGGAUAGCGAAACAAGACGGCGGGCUGCCACAGACUUCUUGAGACGGCUGGCAGAGCAAUUCGAGGGGCCAGUUACUAAGGUCGUUCUCAGAUACAGCGACCACUAUCUCGCUGAAUAUGCGAAGAGCCCUGCCACGAACUGGAAGGCCAAGGACACUGCAGUUUAUUUGUUCUCUGCAAUUGCGGCCAAGGGAGUUCCCACAGCAAGCCACGGUGUCACUGCGACCAACCCCCUUGUCAGCAUCACCGACUUCUUCCAAAAGAACCUCGCUGCGGACCUGGUUGUUGAUGAAAGUGCCCACCCUAUCCUCAAGGUGGAUGCCAUCAAGUACCUUUACCUCUUCCGCAGUAUCAUCACGAAAGACCAGUGGCAAGAAGUUCUUCCUUUGCUGGUCAAGCAUCUCGGUUCUCCGAACUUUGUUGUCUAUACUUAUGCAGCUAUCGCUGUCGAGAGAGUGCUUUACCUUGCAGACAGCCAAGGUCAACCGAUUAUCGCUCCCGCCACUGUCACUCCUCUAGCGAAAGAUCUUUUGCAGCACAUUUUCUCAUUGAUCCAGAAGGACCCUGCCCCUGAGAAGGUGCAGGAGAAUGAGUUUUUGAUGAGAUGUGCCAUGAGAGUCCUGAUUGUCAUCAAAGAAGACGUGGUCCCAUAUACAGACAUUGUUCUUCAACAUCUAAUUAACAUCACUGAUGUUAUCAGCAAGAAUCCAAGCAACCCCCGCUUCUAUUAUUUCCACUUCGAAGCAAUGGGCGCAUUCAUUAGAUUCGCUGCACCGGCCAAUUCCGAGAAGCUCGAACAAGCGCUCUACCCACCUUUCGCAAAUAUCCUUCAAGGCGACGUUCAAGAAUUCAUGCCAUACGUCUUCCAGCUCUUUGCGGCUCUUUUGGAAGCCAACCCUUCGGGGUCCCUGCCCAACUACUACCAGAACCUGAUCGCUCCCAUCCUCAUGCCUGUUAUGUGGGAGUCGAAGGGCAACAUUCCUGCCCUUGUCCGUCUACUGUCUUCUAUUAUCCCUCGUGGCUCUCAGUUCAUCUUGGAAAACCAGCAACUGGUCCUAAUCCUUGGUAUCUUCCAAAAAUUGCUCUCCACGAAAGCCAAUGAAGGCUUUGGAUUUGACCUUUUGGAGAGUGUCGUUGCAAACUUCCCAUCCACGGCAUUGGAGCAGUACUUCGUCUCUAUCAUGCAGGUCAUUCUCACUCGCCUUCAAAACUCCAAGACCGAGCAUCUCACUCUCAGAUUUGUCCGCUUCUAUCACUUCAUCUCCGCUCAUGACGACAAGGGCUAUAGUGCGGAUUACUUUAUCCAGGUCACGGAUAAAGUCCAAGCAGACCUUUUCACCCCCAUCUAUCUCAACAUCAUUCUCCCUGAAACACAGAAACUCGCACGUCCACUGGACCGCAAGACUGCCGUGCUGUCUUUCACAAAGACCCUUGCAAACUCAGAAGCGUUUGCAAACAGAUACAAGAAGGGAUGGGGCUUCACAUGUGAGGCUUUACUGAAGUUGUUGGAGCUUCCCCCUCUUCCCGCCAGCAAGGAUGACAUUAUUGCCGAACAUGACGUUGAGGAUAUGGCUUUCGGAGUGGGUUUCACAGCGCUGAACACUGUGCGACCACAAACCAGGGACCCAUGGCCCGACACGGGCGCUGAUCUCAAGGCUUGGGUUGGCAGAUACUUGAAGGAGGCCGACAAGAAGCAUAAUGGACGGGUCUCUGCGUGCGUACAAGAGCGCCUGGGAGCCGAGGCGCGGACAGUAUUGAGCAGUUACAUUGCAUGAGCGGUAGCAGAAGAUGUGCAUGGUCUGCAUCCGACGCCGAGUCAACAAGAAAAGUGACAACUAAUACAUUCAUGCCUUUUAUGACAACUUUCCCAGAUAAUUCUUAGAGUUUCCAGCUUGUCUCUUGUACUUGUGCAUAAAGUACACAAAAUAUUUGGAGCUUACACAGGAGACG